UAAAAACUCUGCGUAAUAACAAUUUUUCAGCACAAUUUGGUGAAAACCCAAAAGGCUUCAGAAAGCCUUGGUUUCCACAUCAUUAGGCGUUAGCUUUCUGGUUCUGUUUGAAUGUUGCUCGUUGAUACUUGUAUCGGUUGGCUCUGGUCUUGAGAGCGGCACGCAGCCUGGGAGACGAAGCGGCCAGUCAAGCGCUGUUUAGGGUUUAAACGCCCCACGAACAUUGCUUACAGGAAGAGGGUGCAGUGGAUGAGCAGCUGGACGCUGGUUAACGUUAGACCUAAAAACAGGGAGGGGGCAAUAUUCAUGCAUUCUAAGUUAUGGAGCUAAGACGGACAAACCCCGCGUGCAAUUGUGCUUUACUAUGUGGAAUAACCUUAUGUCUUAUUUUCGGUAUAAAUCUAACAUUCGCUAUAGAGUUGUACGCCCCGGCGGAAGUGCUGGUUGAGAAUGGCACCACGGGGAUCCUCAAGUGUUCCUUCAAGUCCAGGGAAGUGAUCAGCAGCGCAGCCACAGUCACCUGGUCGUUUUGCCCGGCGGGAUCCGACGCCGGAAGCGCUGUUUCCAUUUUCUAUUACACUUCUGCAAACCACUAUCCAGGGAGUGUGGCUCAAUUCAAAGACAGGGUGAAAUGGGCAGGAGACCUGAACAAAAAAGAUGCCUCGGUUCAUUUAAUUGAUGCGCAGUUCAACGACAACGGCACCUACUCGUGUGCCGUGAUUAACCCGCCUGACAUAUCUGGCACCGCCGCUCAGACACAGCUCAAGGUCGUCAUCAAAGAGUCUCUCCCUCAAGACAACACGGCCGUCAUAGUGGUCGCCGUGUGCGGCGCCGUCAUCGGGCUUAUCGUCAUCUCUGUGGUUAUCUGCUUGAUCAUCAAGAGGCAUCAAACCACCCAUGAAUACGAAGGCUGCACGUCAGUGGAGAGUGUGAGCUCCCACGCCACACGCCCGGGGGGGAAGAAACCAGAGUCCAGCUUGAAGGGCUCCAGGUGUUGCAGCCACUCCACCCCGGUCCAGGUAGGAGCUACAGGACCUGUGAUAUACGCCCAGUUGGAUCACUCAGGCACCAAGAACCCCAACUCAUUCCACAAGAUGGAGCCAGUGGUCUACGCUGACAUAAGGAAAAACUGAAGAGAACUGGAGACCAAAAGGGACAGGCCACCAUAGCU